AUGACUUUGGACAGGAGCGACAGAGUGCGGGACUUGCAGGACGAUAGACAAGAGGACACGGGGCAGGACAUACAGCAGGACGUACCGCAGGACAUAGAGCAGGACCUAGAGGAGGACCGACCAGUAGCCACGAUGGUUCUAGAAGACGCCCUCAAGGUCCUGAUGAUGUUGAAUUUAUCGGACCACCACGAGCUCAGCUUUGUCUUACGUCACAAGUACAAUCUGACGGAUGACCUGAUCUCUGCCGUGUUAAACCGUUCGACGCCAAUCUUCAAGGUCAUGCCAGAGUUCAAGGUCGCUAAGGUGCUGCUACUGUAUGUGCCACCUGUACUGCUGGUCAUGGGAACUAUGGGAAAUCUACUCAGUUUUUUGAUCCUGCGCCACAAGUCGAUGAACCAGCAGUCCAUCUACGUGUACCUGAGCACUCUGGCCAUCUUCGACAGUCUGGUGCUCUACUUCGGCCUUCUGCGGCUCUGGGUGGACGAGGUUAGCGGGCUGGACAUCCGCACCAAGAGCACCUGGCUCUGUAAGGGCCUGCUCAUGCUCAACUACACCAGCAGUGACGUGUCCGUUUGGCUUAUCGUCGCCGUCACCUUCGAGCGUUACGUCAUCGUGAGUCACCCCCUGCAGGCGCCACACUUCUGCCAAGACAGCCGAGCCAAGAAGAUAAUCGCCGGCAUCAUCCUGGUCUUCCUGCUCGUCAACUUCCACUUCCUGUUCACGGUCGACCUUAACCCCUCCAAGGCCAGCGAGCAGAAGAGGAGCGUGCGGUACGAGUGCAGCCCCAACCCGGGCUACGAGCACCUGAUCCAGGUCGUCUGGCCGUGGGUCGACGCCCUGCUCUACGGCUUCGGCCCCUUCGUGCUGAUCAGCGUCUUUAACUCAAUCAUCGUCUUCAAGAUCUGCAAGGCCAACAACUCGAGGGCCCAGCUUGUCCAGGGGCGGGUCCAGAGAAACUCUUCUCCCGUCGAGGCGGGGAACAUCCGCAUCACCGUCAUGCUGCUGACCAUCUCCUUCAGCUUCCUGCUGACCACGCUGCCCUCGAACCUCUCCAACAUCGUCUCCUACUGGGUCAACAUCAACGGCAGCCAGCUGACUCAGACCAAGGCCGUGCUGAUGACGGCCGUCAGCUCGCUGCUCAUGUACCUCAACCACUCCGUCAACUUCAUCCUCUACUGCGCCACGGGCCGCAGGUUCCGGGCCAUGGUCACGCGCUGCUUCUGCUCCAAGAUCAUCCGGCCCCGCACGGUGCCCACCCUGGACCACAGCCACCACCUCUUCUGCUCCAGGAAGCGGCUGGACGGCCAGAAGUCGGCCACCAGCGAGGAGAGUCAGGUCUGA